AUUGGAAUAAAAUUAUGUGAUCUGAUUGGUGGUUGGUCUCGUCCCUCAGGGUACGCCAUACUGCAGGCCAUCAUGGAGAAGGCGGGCCAGAACAGCUGGCAGGUGAGCGCCAUCUGCGUGGAGAGCUUCGAUGACGCUGCCUACCGUCGCCUCCUGGAGGACCUGGACCGACGGCAGGAGAAGAAGUUUGUCAUCGACCUGGAGGCGGAGAGACUCACCAACAUGCUGGAGCAGAUUGUCAGUGUCGGAAAACAUGUCAAAGGCUACCAUUACAUCAUGGCUAACUUGGGUUUUAAGGACAUCAACCUCGAGCGCUUCAUGCAUGGCGGGGCCAACGUGUCGGGCUUCCAGCUAGUGGACUUCAGCAACCCCAUGGUCAUCAAGCUGAUGCAGCGCUGGAACAAGCUGGAUCAGAGGGAGUACCCGGGCUCCGACAGCCCCCCGAAGUACACAUCGGCUCUGACCUACGAUGGCGUGAUGGUGAUGGCGGAGGCCUUCAGGAACCUGCGUAGGCAGAAAGUGGACAUCUCUCGCAGGGGGAACGCUGGGGACUGUCUGGCCAACCCCGCCGCCCCAUGGAACCAGGGCCUCGACAUGGAGCGCACCCUCAAACAGGUCCGGUUGCAGGGAUUAACAGGUAAUGUCCAGUUUGACCACUAUGGACGCAGGGUCAACUACACCAUGGACGUGUUUGAGCUGAAGAACAACGGACCCAGACGGAUGGGUUACUGGACGGAUUCAGACAAGCUGGUUCUGAUCCAGAAUGAAGCCCUCCUUCCCAAUGAAAUCCUGGAGAACAGAACUGUUGUAGUCACCACUAUCAUGGAGGGUCCCUAUGUCAUGUUGAAGAAGAACUCGGAGUUGUACGAGGGCAACGACCAGUAUGAAGGCUACUGCGUGGACCUGGCCUCGGAGAUCGCCAAACACAUUGGCAUAAAGUACAAGAUUGCUAUCGUGCCCGACGGAAAGUACGGCGCCCGGGACCCGGAGACCAAGAUUUGGAAUGGCAUGGUUGGGGAGCUGGUGUACGGGAAAGCGGAAAUCGCUGUGGCCCCAUUGACAAUCACGCUGGUCCGUGAGGAGGUGAUCGACUUCUCCAAGCCCUUCAUGUCGCUGGGCAUCUCCAUCAUGAUCAAGAAGCCCCAGAAGUCCAAACCUGGGGUUUUCUCCUUCCUGGACCCGCUGGCCUACGAGAUCUGGAUGUGCAUUGUGUUCGCCUACAUCGGCGUAAGCGUGGUGCUCUUCCUGGUCAGCCGUUUCAGCCCGUACGAGUGGCACACCGAGGAGCCCGAAGAGGGUACCGACGGUCCGCCCAGCGACCAGCCCCCCAACGAGUUUGGCAUCUUCAACUCCCUCUGGUUCUCCCUAGGUGCCUUCAUGCAGCAGGGAUGUGACAUCUCCCCGAGGUCUCUGUCGGGGCGUAUUGUGGGUGGUGUGUGGUGGUUCUUCACACUCAUCAUCAUCUCCUCCUACACGGCCAACCUGGCUGCCUUCCUCACAGUAGAGAGGAUGGUGUCGCCUAUAGAGAGUGCUGAGGACCUGGCUAAACAGACAGACAUCGCCUACGGUACCCUAGACUCCGGCUCCACUAAAGAGUUCUUCAGGAGGUCAAAGAUCGCAGUCUACGAGAAGAUGUGGGGCUACAUGAAGUCAGCCGAACCGACUGUGUUUACCAAGAACACACAGGAGGGGGUUGUACGUGUGCGGAAGAGCAAAGGGAAGUACGCUUUCCUAUUGGAGUCAACCAUGAACGAGUACACGGAACAGCGGAAACCCUGCGACACCAUGAAGGUCGGCGGCAACCUGGACUCCAAAGGAUACGGAGUGGCCACUCCCAAGGGUUCACUGUUAAGAACGCCGGUAAACCUAGCCGUGUUGAAACUGAGUGAAUCAGGCGUCUUAGACAAGCUGAAAAACAAAUGGUGGUACGAUAAGGGCGAGUGUGGACCCACGGCCUCAGGAAGUAAGGACAAAUCGUCCCAGGCCCUGUCGUUGAGCAACGUGGCGGGGGUCUUCUAUAUCCUUGUGGGGGGCCUGGGUCUGGCCAUGCUGGUGGCCCUCAUCGAAUUCUGCUACAAGUCCCGGAACGAGGCCAAGCGAAUGAAGCUGACCUUCACGGAGGCCAUGAGGAACAAGGCACGCCUGUCGAUCACAGGCAGUGUGGGGGAGAAUGGGCGCGUCCUGACGCCCGACUGUCCCAAAGCGGUCCACUCGGGCCCCUCACUCCGCCAGAGCUCCGGCCUGGCCUUGGUCUCCUCUGAGCUCCCGUGAAAACCAAAAACCUUCCAAGUGCCUUAAAAACGACCAACCCACAACCACCAUAUACCACAAAGACACAGGACAAACACCACACAAAUCGGACACCACCACCAGUGUGUGGGCAGACAGGGACUAACUAACAUUGUGGAAGUUUUUUUAAAUAGCAGAAAUUGGGACUUUGCAAUUUGAGUAUGUAGUGAAUCUGUGGCCAUUUUGGAUGGAGUUCUGUGGAAAAGUACAAUCUGGAUUUUUACUGUGUGGCCAAGUGAGGGCUAUUUGUAAUCGAGCUGCCAUUUUUGGGUGCAGAGGUGGAGAUUGCAUCUGAGAUGUUCCACUGAAGACCCUGUGCCAACUUAUCAUUGCGAUCACUGGCGAAGGAAGAGCAGGAGGAAUUGAGAGUGAAGUGAAAAUGAAAAAUAAAGGAAGACCAGAAAACUUGAAACAUGUAACUGUGGAUCAGUGGGUUGCUGACUGAAUUGGCAAACUGAAUCACAAUCAAGAUUGUUUUUCAAAUGUGGACAAUUGUUACCAGACGAGAGCAGUGUUCAAAAGACAACUGUCAGACAACAAUCUCACUGAAUAUCAAUAACUGACAUGUGGGGGAGUGUCUCCCGUUGUCAUCAUGGAGAUAAAAACUAUACUUAUUAAUAAACUACAAUAACUCUAUUGAUAAUACAUAUAAGAUAAAUAAACUGUGAAGAUUUAGUAAAUAUGUAUAUUCUGUGAAGACGAAACUAAAGAAAACAGAUGUUCUGUACAUAGAGGAGACUGUAUAACAUGCUUGCUUUUUAAACAGAUGUAAAUAGCUGAUUCAGUAGUGGACAGAGGGCAGUUCUCUUUUUGUAACCAUCUUUAAAUAAAUAAUUCAUCGCAAUAAUGGAUAAGACGACGUUGUUGAAAAAGGAGAGACAUUGAGACAGCGUUUAUUCCUUCAACGUUCAGUUCAGAGCGUCAUGUUCCAUGGGCAUAGUAUCAACUCUGCCCAUCUAGAUACCUGUUCUCUACAUAUUAAUAUAUUCAGCGAUGAAUGUUAAUUAGUCCCAUCCUCAUCCUCUAGCAUCAUCCCCAUCAUCUUGCCCCACCCCAUACUCUAGCCACACCCCACACUGUGCAGUCAUAGACCAGAAGUGGCUGAUAGACCGAAUUUUAUGUUUAGAUGCUUUACUUGCGUCUCCACUAGAACACAAACAAUAAUUUUUGUGUCUUUUGAUCUAUUUUUUUGUAACGAUCAAUUACAUUUAAAAUUACUGUCCGUCUCCUGAUUUUUCAAUGUUUUUUCAAUGUUCGCCUCUGUUGAACGUCUUAUCUGGGUAGAUAUUUUAGACUAUUGUGUAUGGAGAGUAUAAUGCUUUUUUUAAUGUGAAAUGAGAAAUGCAAUUUUUUCCUCAUUGCUAUAUUAUUUCACGGGUCAAAGCUUAUAUAAACAGUAUUUAUUGAGUAAAAAAGAAGAAGAAGAAGAAUAUUUGUGUUAUUGAGCCAUGGUCAAAGCUUUGGACCUCUUGGUCCCUAACACUGUGGAUCCUCACUGUGGAUCCUCAGUAGAAGAAUCUAUGGUCUACUUCCUCUCAUUGAAGUUAUUAGCGUGCAGUGGAGGUUUCAACACAUGGCCAAUGGAAGGGCAAUCUCUAGGCCCGUGGGCAGCAAUAGGACACUGACUUUUACUGUGUCAUCCUUUUGUCUCUUUCAUUUUCAACUUUUUUGCCCCAAAACCUGUUUCUGCUAUUGUUGUUGUCGGACAAAUAUGUGCAAUGUUAUCAAUGUUUUCAAUUGCUGCCUCUGUCUUUUGCCCUUACACACAUUCACAUACACGUCCAAAUACAUGUACUCGUAGUAGUGGUUGUAGCUUGUAUGGCUGCCUGGGUGAACCCCCACUUCAGCCACCCCUGCACUAGCUGUAAUUUUUAUUCAGACAUUUGGAACAACACAAAUAAAUAAUCAUAACAUUUAAACAUAUAUUCAAAAUAAGACUCAUAAGUAUCAAAAAGAAGUAACAAAGACAAAUAGAAACAAAUUUGUGUUGAUUUGGCACUCGAGCAUCAAUAAAUUACCCAUCCCCCAAUACUGUCAACCAAGAGUCAAGACUAAACCAAUUCACCUUGGUGGUAUGCAGACUACAUUACCCAUCCCCCAAUACUGUCAACCAAGAGUCAAGACUAAACCAAUUCACCUUGGUGGUAUGCAGACUGGUUUUGUAUUAUUCUUAACCAUUUCACACAAACCAGAAAAAAAUGACGCAAUAUCUCUGUGGAACUAUAUAUUCACAGUAUUAUGAAUGAAUUGUGGUUUAUUUGGUAGCAUUUCAUAGUGUGACUGAUUUUACUAAUUGCAUUAGUACUGUACAAAGUUAGAGGUGCGCUAUUUGAUAGAUUCCCCCGCUCCCCUUACCCCGGACUUCCAGUGGGGAGAUCUGAGGUCAACCUACCCCCGCCCCCCUCCACAUCUCGUACUUCUGAGUGGGAGACCUUCCCAGGCAGUAGCCUGCCUAGCUCACAAACUAGAACCAGAGCGCCCACUCCGACAAGGUUAAUUGACCCACAGUCCCACACGGUGACAUGAUAUCAUAGACGUGACGUGCAAAUGAGCGAUAGAAAACCGAUCACGCAAAUGUCACCAUUCAGAUUUUUUUGGUGCGGGCGCCCCGUGCCGCCCCCGGCAAGAUGCCACCCUGGGCGACUACCCUAUACCUAAAUCCACCACUGUGUACACAACACGUACAGAGGCUGGUGGGAGGAGGUAUAGGAGGACGGGCUCAUUGUAAUGGCUGAAUGGAAUCAAUGAAACAGUAUCAAACACAUCAAACACAUGGAAACCACAUGAUUGACUCUGUUCCAUUGAUUCAAUUCCAGCCCGUCCUCCUAUAGCUUCUCUCACCAGCCUCUUCUGGUACACACACACACACACACACACACACACACACACACACACACACACACACACACACACACACACACACACACACACACACACACACACACACACACACACACACACACACACACACACACACACACACACACACACACACACACACACACACACACACACACACACACACACCGGAUGGACCUUGUUGCUUUGAAAGAAUAAACCAGCUAAAAUAUUUCAGGCCAUGCGUUUUGGUUCUGCCAUAUGUCUGUAAAAUUAAAAUGGCAUCCUAUUUUGGUUUAAAUUGUACAUCUUUAUUUUGAUCAUUUUUUUGUAAAAAGUUAAUCCAAAGGCUUUGUCACUGUGUUUUUAUUGUGGACGGGUGUGAGAGGGUUCUGUGUUAAUUAAUGAACUUACUUGAGUGUGUUAGUGAGAUAUUUUGUUUUAUAUAACCCACUCACAGGCUGGAAUUCAAUCAAUUGCCUAUUGUCAACUGUUGGGGAGAGUAUUAUAUUUAAAAGGUGUAUUUCUGAAUCCUGAAUGACAUUUUUACAAUAAUAAUGCAAUAUGUUCCAUUUACUUUAACUAAUAUUUGUGUUCAACUGGUAAUAAGAUGCACCCAGUCUAAUGUAAAGGCUUUAUGUAAUUUCUAACCAAUGUUUAAUGAUCACGCUCAUGUCAUGCUUACGUGAGCAUUAUAAGACACUAAAGCUGUCAAAUCCACAAGCAGCUCCCGGCAUUAAACCUAAAGCGGACAUUACCAUUGGUCGCAUAAAGAUAAAUUCCAUGCAGCCUUGAUUACAAGUUCAAACACUGAAAUGUGAGAUGUAAUCUAGACCUCUAUUAGGAUGAUAGAAAUCGUCAUUAUUUUGUUGAAUCAUUUUCAAUUUGAGCGUCAUUAUUUCUAUAUAUCCUUCACUUUCUCAUUCUGAACCUCCAACGUGAGUGGGAUGGGUGUGGCCUCCUGACAAUGAUCAAGAGCAGCUGCUCAGUGAUUUGACAGCUCCAACGCAGUCACACCUCUGACAAUGCCAAAACAUAAGCUAUGUAGGUGUUGACUAUCUCCAGUUAACGCUUGAUCUGAUUGAAUCUAGGCCUUAGGCCCCAUACACACUCAAGUUGUUCAACUGAUAUAAAAUGCAUUUGGCUCAUCAGUUAUACAACGCAUCACUAAAUUAUCUGUUGUAUCAGUUUUGUAUCACAAAAAUAUCAGUUGUAUCACACCUAUUGUGUCAAAUGCAUUGUGAAACCUGAGUGUGUACGGGGCCUGAUAUCCUCCUAACGUAGCAGUGGCUCAGCCUCGGACACUAUGAGUUUACAAUUGGCUCAUUCAUCCCCCUCCUCUCCCCUGUAACUACUCCCCAGGUCGUUGCUGCAAAUGAGAACGUGUUCUCAGUCAACUUACCUGGUAAAAUAACGGUAAAAUAAAAUAAAAAAAUUAAAAAAUGAACCGACCACAAAUAUGACAGAUGGUCCAAGACAAGGUGCUGAAACCAUCAGGUGAAUGCUGCAGUGACCGAACAAAGCCUCAUUUACAUCUACGCAAAAUGGCUACCCUUCAUAGUUGCGACAAAUUAUAGGUUGAGUUCCCCUGCUCAGACGUUGCAUGCAUCAACUAGUGGUUGCCUGACACGUCAUUGACUGUGUUAUUGAUUGACAGAUUCCUAUAGAAUAUGAUGUGAUUAGCUGAUACAUAAAAAAUAUAUAUCCAGGCAUUGUAAAAUGUGUGGCCCAGCAUUGUCCUGGUUAGGGGAGGGUUUGGCCGGGCUAGGCCGUCAUUGUAAAUAAGAAUUUGUUCUUAACUGACUUGCCUAGUUAAAUAAAUACAUACAAAAGAAGAAAUUAAUAAAAAUAUCUGGCCUGGGCAGAGGAACGAGCACACAGACUUUGGGGCUGCACAAAAUGCAAGUAUGCAGAAUGGCCAUUUUGCGUAGCUAAUUGAGUUAUUGUGUUGCAUAUGGUAUAAGACCAACCCUGCUCAUGUUCAGCCUUGACCUUCCACUCCAUAUUCCGGUCAAACCUUGGUCGUGCUCGCACUAAAACACUGUGUACAGCUCUACUAUAGCUACUAGCGAUGUUAACAGGGACGCAGAGCAGGCUGCGGUGGCUGGAGGCAGCUGAGGAACUCAACGUGUGGAGCCAAGGGGACAGGACGUUUGCUGUAAGACAGAAGUGACAACAUACACUACAUGACCAAAAGUAUGUGGACACCUGCUCAUCGAACAUCUCAUUCCAAAAUCAUGGGAAUUUAUAUGGAGUUGGACCCCCUUUGCCUCUACUCUUCUGGGAAGACUUUCCAUUAGAUAUUGGAACAUUGCUGCGGCGAUAUGAUUCGGUCGGGCACUGAUGUUGGGCGAUUAGGCCUAGCUCGCAGUCAGCACUCCAAUUCAUCCCAAAGGUGUUUGAUAGGGUUGAGGUCGGGGCUCUGUGCAGGCCAGUCAAGUUCUUCCACACUGAUCUCAACAAACAAUGCUGAAACAGGAAAACCCAAACUUUCCCCAAACUGUUGCCACAAAGUUGGAAGCACAGAAUCAUCUAGGAUGUCAUUGCAUGCUGUAGCGUUAAGAAUUCCCUUCACUGGAACUAAGGGACCUAGCCCGAACCAUGAAAAACAGCACCAGACCAUUAUUCCUUCUCUACCAAACUUUACAGUUGCCACUAUGCAUUCGGGCAGGUAGCGUUCUCCUGGUAUCCAACAAACCCAGAUUUGUCCGUGGGACUGUCAGUUGGUGAAGCAUGAUUCAUCACUCCAGAGUACGUGUUUCCACAGCUUGAGUCCAAUGGCAGCGAGCUUUACACCAAUCCAGCCAAUGCUUGGCAUCGCUCAUGGUGAUCUUAGGCUUGUGUGUGGCUGCUCGGCCAUGGAAACCCAUUUCAUGAAGCUCCCAAGAACAGACAAUUGCAACCGAGAACAGACAAUGUUUACAUGCUAUGCACUUCAGCACUCGGCGGUCCCGUUCUGUGAGCUUGUGUGGCCUACCACUUCGAAGCUCAGCCGUUGUUGCUCCUAGACAUUUCAAUUUCACAAUAACAGCUCUUACAGUUGACUGGGGCAGCUCUAGCAGGGCAGAGAAAAGGUAGCAUCCUACUGUAUGACGGUGCCACGUUGAAAGUCACUGAGCUCUUCAGUAAGGCCAUUCCACUGCCAAUGUUUGUCUAUGGAGAUUGCAUGGCUGUGUGCUUGAUUUUAUACACCUGUCAGCAACGGGUGUGGCUGAAAUAGCCGAAUCCACUCAUUUGAAGGGUUGUCCACAUACUUUUAUAUAUAGUGUAUGUCAAAAAGGGGAGGCAGCAGGGUUCUGACCUUCAGGGGAAUACAACAUAAGAUCAGCCAAAUCGAGCUGCCCAACCUUGGUCACAUCCUCACUGAGAGUCAACACGAGUAGGGAAAAGGGAGGGAUAUAGGAGGGAUGCUAUAGGCAGACAUUGAUUUGGCAGGGAUGAGUCCUUGGUGUAUAAAAAGGCUGUGACCCCAACCAGGUGUCUGAUAUCAUGUUGUAGCUAGGUAGAUAUUUGUUGAAAUUCAUCAUUAGUUCAUCCUCUUUGUGGAGGAGGACCCCAUAGUAAAGUCAUUAAAUACAAAGUGAACGAGA